CUUUCCAAUGGAGAAUAGGGUUGAGGUCGAGAUGUAUAAAGAUGCCUACAGAAGUAAUGCAAGUAUUGUUUCGGGGCUAAAUAGGGGACUUGCUGCAAGUCAAGAUGAUCUGAAACUGGCAGAUUCUGCUGCCAAGGAGCUUGAAGAUAUUGGAGGACCUGUAGAUCUCUCAGUUGCUAUUGAUAAACUGCAGGGAAGAUGGAAACUGAUAUACAGUAGUGCAUUCUCAUCGCGUACUCUAGGUGGGAGUCGACCUGGGCCCCCCAUCGGAAGGCUUCUUCCA